GCAGGGAAGGGCGAUCGAACGGGCGGUGUUGCUGAGGCAGUGAUUCGGGCUGCGCCAGCUGUACCCCCCCCUGCCGCUGACGCUGUCGGCCUGGAAGAAUGCAAACAGAUCCUGGCGCGCCAGAAGUCCAACUCGCAGUCAGACUCCCACGACGACGAGGUGUCCCCGCCCCCCCCGAACCCAGUGGUAAAAGCCAGGCGCCGGCGUGGUGGAGUUAGCGCCGAGGUUUAUACAGAGGAGGAUGCUGUCAGCUACGUCAGAAAGGUGAUCCCCAAGGACUACAAGACCAUGACGGCUCUGGCCAAGGCCAUAUCCAAGAACGUGCUCUUCGCUCAUCUCGACGACAACGAGAGGAGUGACAUAUUUGAUGCCAUGUUCCCUGUCACGCACAUCGCUGGAGAGACCGUCAUUCAGCAAGGAGAUGAAGGGGACAACUUCUAUGUGAUCGACCAGGGGGAGGUGGAUGUGUAUGUGAACGGCGAGUGGGUGACCAGCAUCGGGGAGGGCGGCAGCUUCGGGGAGCUGGCACUCAUCUAUGGGACACCACGCGCUGCCACCGUCAAGGCCAAGACGGACCUGAAGCUGUGGGGCAUUGACCGCGACAGCUACCGGCGCAUCCUCAUGGGCAGCACACUGAGGAAGAGGAAGAUGUAUGAGGAAUUCCUGAGCAAGGUGUCCAUCCUAGGUGGGUGGCAGACAUGUGUGUGUGUGUGUGUGUGUGAGUACAGUCAAAAACUAAAAAUGCCAAAGUCUUAUAUUUUGUUUGGUUACUUAUGGUUAAGGUCAGGGCUGUGUAGGGGGCAGGGUCAACAUUGUUUCAUUGUUUGGGUUAGGGCUUUGCUCAUAGAAAUGAAUGGAAAGUGAGCGAGUGCACACAGAAAGAGACACACACACGGACACACACACACACAGACAGACAGACAGAUACACACGCAAACAGACACACACAAACAGACGCAGACACACACACACACGGACACACACAAACAGACGCAGAUGGAAACACACGCACAAACAGACACACGCACGCGGGACA